GAAUAUAAAACGUAGGGAUCUCAUCAAAUUAUUUCUUAGUGACAAAAUAGAGCGGGUGUGUCCUACAUACCGCUGUUGCAAUUAUUAUUUUUUUUUGUUUUACCAACGACAAGAUGAAAAUGAAGACCGAGAGUUGUUUGGGAAUCCUGUUGUUUUUAAUUGCCGUUACAAACGCGAAGUCGCAAGGUUCGAGGCAGGACAGUUGGCAUUUGGUGAUAGCGGAAGACUUGACCAUCGAACUGAUCAAUCUCACCGACGAACAAGAAGAUUCUUCCAGUACAUGGGAGGAAUGGCAUUCCGACGUGUUGUUCAAUUUGUACACCGUCAAAAAUCCGGACACACCUCAGCUACUUUACCCGUACGACGUCGAUUCAUUGGCGAACAGUAACUUCGACCCGCGGGUACCAACGCGCAUAGUAAUCCACGGUUGGUUGAAUUCCAACGAAUCGAAAAUCAACCCCUUGUUACGUGCAGGAUAUUUGGAAAGUGGUUUCGAGUACAACUUUAUAUUCGUUGACUGGAAUGCCUACGCAAAGAGAGACUACUGGUACGCUCGAUCGAAGGUGCAGACGGUCGGCGAAUACGUCGGAGAGAUGAUCGACUUUCUGGUUGACCAAGGAAUGGAUAUAAAAGAUCUGAUAAUCUUGGGCCACUCUUUGGGCGCUCACGUAUCGGGCAUAGCGGGUCGCAGCUGCUCUUACGAGGUGCCGAUUAUCGUGGCGAUGGAUCCAGCGAGUCCGUUGUUCUGGCCCAUAAAAACGAAAACGAAUUUGUCGAAAAACGAUGCCCGGGUAGUCUACGCUAUCCACACGAACGCGGGAUUUUUGGGUUACCCGGAGGAGAUCGGUCACAUCGAUAUGUGGCCAAACGGUGGAUCUCAUCAGCGCGGUUGCGUGGCGGAUCUGAUCGGCAGUUGCGCUCACAGUAGGUCCUACGUGUACUUCAGCGAGUCCCUGAGAUCGAAGAAAAAAUUCACGGCGAAAGCUUGCGAGAAUUAUUCCAAGUACGAGAAGGGAGAGUGCGAAAACGGCGCGACGUCUUACUUGGGUGGUCUCGUACUCGACACCGGCGCAUCUGGUUCUUUUUAUCUGAAAACCUCGGGCGGUCCGGACACCUUUAUGCUGGAAUAGAAGACUCGAUUGCAAAAAAUGUGGAAAAAAUUGUAAAUAAAAUUAUCUCGUCGCUGUACGUAA